GAAGAAGAAAACCCCUACAGAACCGUGAAGAGUUGUUUGGAAAAUGGCGGGGGCUUUGAAAGAAAAACAACUCGUUGGACAUGUUUAUGCUACACUGCAGGCUGCCCCCUGCCCCCUGGUGGAGGCUCUGUACCUGCAGGAAGCAGACAGCAUGCUGCAGCUGCUCUGCACCCCCUCCCAGCAUCGCACAGACAUCCUGGCAUGGAUCUGCAGCAGUAUUAACCCAACCUUUGCCUAUUCCGAGGCAAUAUCUCUGAGAUCCAAAGACCCAGAGGUUCGGAUUAAAGAAAUGUCUGUGCUGGGGCAGGAGCUGAUGCUGUGCAGAGCAGAGGACCUGGACCUGAUCAGGGGUGAUGCGAGUCCUCACCGGCAGCUUCGGUUCCUGCAGCAGCUGCUGUCUUUAGUUCCUGCCUGCGAGAAGUCUGCUGGGCACAGAACGGAUCAGGAGACGCUGCUGAACGAGCUCUACGCUGCUGAGAAUCUGCCUCACUUCACACAAAUGCUCGCUCCAACCCUGGACCCCUGGCCUGCACACAUCAAGGCUUUACACAACAGCACCAAAUCAUCGUCCCAUAGAUCAAGUGGAGAAGAGGCUGCUGAUGGAGCUGCUCUUUUACAGCAGGCUCAGUCUACACUGGAGAAGCUGCAGUCAGAGUGUGAGUUCCUGAGCAGUGAGACUCAGAGUUCCGGUGUGUUCUCUCCGGGCUCUCUAAGGGUGGCAGCGUGUGACCUCCAGAUGUUGAUGGCUGCUUUCAGCCAUGUUUUUGAAACAGACCUGAGAGCUUACUGCAGCAGAGACCCCCCCAGCUUCAGCACAGAGACCCACGUCUUCCAGAGGAUACACCAGCUGCUGCCGGCCUUCAUCAUGGAGUUGGACAUGCUAAAGGAAGUAUCAGAAGCUUCUGCAUCCGUUACUGAGGAAGUAGAGCAGCUACAAACACAGCCCAGCUACCGGAGCAGAGGAGAGAAGCGCAAUCUACCUGAUCAACUGGAGGAACUUACCAGGAGAAUAAGAGACGUUUUCUCCCUGCUUCAGUCCUGAUCCACACGAUACAAUAGUCACUAUAAAUUCACAAUACAGCAAUCAGCCAUUUAAUAUUUCUCCCUUACUUUGUCCCUUGCAGAACUCCAUUUUAAUGUUUAUAUUGUAUAACUGAAUAAAUGUCAAUGUUUAAAACUUUUUAAAUUGUAAUCCAUACA